AGUGAGAACUGUCUUCACAUGCACUCAAGCCACUCAGGGAGACAUAAUACAGAGAUUUGUCUUGUUGGCCACAUUAUGGACUCCAUAAUGCCACUAUCAAAAUUGCAAUAUGUUUGGAAUGACAAAUAUGCAAACUAAUAUUGGACAGCAUUGUUUUUUGUUUUUAAAAUCAGUUUUUUAUAGAUGGCAGGAGGAAUCAUCUUCUCGUACGAUGACCUGUGGGAUCCAGACUAUUACAGGCUCCAUCCACUCGUCUGUCACCUGUGUCAUGAGCAAUACCACCAACCAUGUCUUCUGGACUGCUACCACAUCUUCUGUGCCAGUUGUCUGCGUGGCAGGGCCAAUGACAAUCACCUCAAUUGCCCCCUCUGUGGAUACCCCUCAGUCGUGAUGGGCACAAAUGCACUUCCCCCAGAGGACCGUUUGCUGAGGUUCCUGGUGGAUAAUUCUACAGACAAUGUAGUACAGUGUGCUAACUGUGAUAUGAAAUGCAAAGCGCAGGACGCUGGAGCAAUGUAUUACUGUAACACCUGCAGUCAGCCACUGUGUGGAGAGUGCAGAGAGCUCACACACAAAGCCAGGAUGUUUUCCCAGCAUGAUAUUGUGUCCCUGGCCAAACGCACCAAAGAGUGGCACCGCAAGUGCUCGCUCCAUGAAGAGAUGUACAUCAUGUUUUCGACAGAGAAAAAGUCCAUGCUGUGCAUCAAGUGUUUCAGAGACAUGCCAAUUGAGAAUCGUACCCACUGCAUUGACAUUGAGACUGCAUAUGGGCAGGGAUGUGAAAUACUGGAUCAAGCUGUUCUGGCAGUAAAGGAGCUGCAGGUAUCAGUGCGAGAGGCCAUCGUAUUGCUGAAGGCCAUGCUGGGUGAAGUGCGGACACAUGCAGAAGAGGAGGAAAGUGCUAUCUGUACACAGUUCAACAAUAUUCAGGAAAAACUCGCAGAGAGAAAAAAGGCCCUCUUAAAAGCUGCUGAAAGUCAACAUGAAGAGAAGGAGAAGGCACUAAGGGAACAACUUUCUAACUUGUCCACCCUCCUGCCAACUCUUCAGGUGCACCUGGUCACCUGCUCCGCAUUUCUCGGCUCAGCCAAUAAGUACGAGUUCUUAGAUAUGGGAUAUCAGUUGAUGGAGAGACUGUGUAGCAUUGUAAAGCUACCUCACAAGUUCCGCCCUGUCCAAAGUAGCAAGAUAAACACAGACUACCAUGCUGAGUUUGCCCGCUGUCUGGAGCCUCUUCUGUUGCUGGGCCAGUGGAGACCUGGCUCUGUGACUGGAGGAACUGCCUUGAGUUACAGGCUGUCGGCUCUGUCUAUGUCGUGCCCGUCCACAUCUCUAAGUGAAAUGCCUUUUGGCCGCAGGCCCACCUUUCACAGAUACAUUUGUACUAAGGUGCUGCUGGCCGAGGGCAGAGAGUCACCCUUUACCGAGCACUGCCGCAACUUUGAGAAGAGCUACAGGGUUCUUCAGACAGAAGUCCAGAGGCUGAAGGAUGAGGUUCAGGAGAUGCACAGAGACCUAACAAAACAUCACUCUCUCAUCAACACGGACACCAUGGAUGAGAUCCUGGAAAGGUCUCUACUCAUUGAUGAACAGAUCGCGUCUCAGUACUCUGCCGUGCAGACCCAGAGGGCCGUAUUUGAGGAGAUUUGGGAUGUGACCUUUCAAAGAGUAACCAAUGAGCAAGAGAUCUAUGAAGCACAGCUUCAUGACCUUCUGCAGCUGAAGCAAGAAAAUACCUACUUGACAACCAUUGCACGACAAAUUGGACCCUACAUCUUAUCCAUAGCAAAAGUGAAAGAGCGUCUGGAACCCAGGUUUCAAAAGCCUGAGGAUGAUCGCAUGGACACUAUAGUUGAGGAUAAUGCAAAUGCUACUGAACAACACAGCUGCAAUGAGAAGAUUUGCUCAGCAGUCUAUGACAGAGACUCUCUUAUCCUGCCGCCUGGUGAGACACUACUAAAAAGCAGUGACUUUUGUUGGAAAGGAAAGCCGAUAAAUAUUAAUCUAUAGCUGCCACUAUAGAGCUGCAUGUAUGGACGAUGUCAUCACAUGAACAUGGGGCUUUACAGUAACUGAAAAAUAAGAAGGACGUGAAUGGAAUAUAUGUUUCAUUAUGUUUAUGGAAUGUUUUAAAUCAAAUGGACCUUAGCUAUAAACCGAAUUCAUCGGAUGGAGCAUAAAUGUUUCACAGUCAGGUGGAUUGUGACUUUUCUUUUUUGUUGGUAUUUUGCAUUUAGUUCAAAAGCAUUUCUUUGAAAAAUAAAUAUUUUGUCUUUACUGUCACUUUUGAUCAAUGUAAUGCAUCCUUGCUGAAUGAAAGUAUUGAAUACAGUUAUAUUCAACCCAGA